AGAGCAUUGGAUGGAGCACUUGAACGCAGCACACAGAGUCGUUUCCAUGGAGGCAACGGAAGAAAACAAUUACAGAAAUAAAAUCUUUUUGUUCACCUAAAACAUGGAUGCAGAACUCAACUGUGGAAAGAUGUUGAAGACCGAAGAAGAGAGGCUUUCUUCUCCAUUGGAUUGUCAGUCAGAUACAGAGAGCUUGGCUCAGGAGAAAGCAUACCAACAUACUAACCACCAUCAAAAGAAGAAAGCCAACAGUUUACCACAGGAACACAAAGGGAACGAGGAUGCAAACGAAGAUGAGGCCGAAGAUCUUCAGUUGUAUGAUAGCCUUGAAGUUGCAGCACAUUUCCAAGACGAGAAGAAUCCCAACGCCUUCCAGACUGAAUAUUUGGAAACACAAAUGGAUGAUGGAGGCAGAAUAAGCCAGCUGCUCUCUGAGGAUGCCUAUUCUCAUCUCCGCUACGAUCCCAGCUGGAAGACGAGGCUAAAGGGAGCCGGCCAUUCUGUUGGAGAACAACACCAAAACCUCAAAUAUGGAAAGGGACUGGUCAUUAAAGGAGGCUACAGAUACGUUGGUGACACAAGUCACAAGCUGUACCAUGUGCACCCACAAAGUGAUCAAAUUAGCUCCAUAACAUCUCCAUUCUACACCAACUUCACUUUGCAACCAAGAUCACCAGAAGCAGAGCUUACAGAGACAUUAAGGACUCAAAAUGAAAGUAAUCAGACUUUACGGAGAGAAAAGGAUGAGAAGAGUUGUGGUAGCAGUGAUGAAAAUAUUAGCAGGACUUCGGAGACCACAAACGAUUCAGAGGCUGUGCACAUUCAAGACUUUCAGAACCGCUACCAGCAAGAACUGAGACACACAACACAAGGAGGAAUCGUUCAAACACAGCAAACGGUACCCAAGGUUUUAUCAAAGAAAAAGCCAGGAAGUGUGGUGAAGAACAUAGUAGAAAGCAACAAAAUCACCCUCGGACGUAACAUGUGCAAAGGUGGCUCCUACGCAAGGGCCCUGGCGCUAAUGCUGGAGACGUCUCCUGAUGGGAAAAAGGUGCACAGAAGCCUUAAGGAGACUGUAAGCUCAGAAAGCCCAAAAGAAAGUUCACCAUCUGGUCAAACAGUCCAGAAAACACAACAGGUCGGUCAAAUCAGCAAAGAGGAGAAAUUCCAGCAGAAGGAACAUCGGAAUCCCUCCAGACUGCAGCAGCCUCCUCCCUUUGUGGUCAAAGCUGAAAAUGGAGACAGUCUAAGCUCUCCAUCAGCAAAACCAACAUGUUUAACUCAUCCAGUACCACAGCAGAAGACUUCCUCACAGCAACCUGCAGUCCACCUCAACAUCUUCCUCAAUUCUGCGUCUGAUCUCCUUCCUGUACUCCAGCAGACGAGCCAAGAUGCUUUCAUCAACUUAGCAUCUCUACACAGUCAUACCCACUGGGGUUCUCAACCUGAAGCUGCCUUGUCAUCCGCACAUCCAACAAAUCCUGGAAUAUCUCAGAUUUCUCCAGUGAAGUGUCCAUUAUCCUGUGAAAUGGCGGGCCAGAAGUGUCCAAGUGAGACUCAGAUGAAGGAAUUUGUUCAGAACCUCCCUGAGAGACCCACCACCACAUUAUCACAGUCUUCAAGCCCUUACCCAGUUCUGCCCCCCAUCAGAAAGGUGACUACAGAAGAAGGGUCUGAGCUGUGCAGAGGUCAGAGUGUGAACACCACCCACUCGAUACCUAGAGACAACUCUGAGAGCUACCUGCUACAGAUGGAGAAACAGAAGCAGACGAGAGCAGGGGUCACUUAUAAGGCCUACACUUUGAAAGACUACAAGCAGCUGGAGUUGGAUAUAAAGCUCCAAGGCUUAGGUCCUGACUACACAGCCAAGAAAAAGGCAGUAAGUAAAAUGAAACGACAGAAGCUGUAUUCAAAUGUGAUCCGCGAGCAGAACAAAAAGAUAAGUAGGAUUCCCUUUCCUCUGACCAAGGACCCAGAAGGCAACGACAAGAAAGUUCUCAGGAUGAAGGCAUUGGAUUAUGCCAAGACCAUUGUCAAACCUCUGGCAUCGCAUUCUCAGUCAAAACAGAGACUGAAACAUCAGCCUGAAGAUUUCGAGAAAACUCCUUACUUAGACGGCUUGGGUACGUCAGAGCUGGCUACAUUGGAGCUCCUACGACAACGACAUCUGGAAGAAAGGCAGGCUGUGGCACAAUUUAGAAAAGUUCAUGCCGUCUGAUGUGCACAGACGUAAACUUUUUAAACUUGCCGGUGAAGAUGGUCAUAAAAACUGACAACUUGACGGGAGAAUAAUUAGUAAGAUGUUCAUGCAAGAAUGUACAGAAACUCAACAGAAAACAAAAACAAGACCAGCUUAUGAAAUAAGCCAGUAGGAUUUGUAGUUUUAGCUGAGGAUGAUGAGAAGUAAUUUUAUCUAUGUUUUAAGAUGUAGACAAUCACACUUUACUGUGUCAAAAUAAUACAGCUGAUAAAUGUAAUGUUCCCA